CCCGCAGAGCCGCGCUGCGCUUCCCGGGCCGCCCGCUCACAGCCGCAGCUCAACUAAGUUACCGAGAAGCCAUUUCCGACAGGCAAUUUCCCCUGAAAAGGAAAAUAUCGGGGCAGCAGCUCGCUCUCACCCCUUUUCUAUGCACCCUCUCUUGCAGGUGUGGUCCCAGGUAGACAUGCCCGGAGUGCUCAGAGCAGCGUGGCAGGCUCUGCCCUGUUAGCCCCCGGGGGGGGCUCAGCCAUGAAUUCCUCUGCCGCCACCCCCGGUGUUCCCCCUAGCCUGCUCCAACUGUGGCAGGAGGAGAACCAGACCCAGGGCGGGCUCUGGAAUGGGAGCCAGGAGCUGGGCUGGGAAGAGCUGGAGGAGAUGCUGUUCCUCUUUGCCAAGGAGCCCAUCACCAUCAGCCUGACUGCAAUGUACCUCGUGUCCUUCGUGGUGGGCUUUGUGGGAAACAUCAUGUCCAUCAGGGUGCUGACGCGGAAGCGCCGGAGCCGGGUGUCCAGCCUGAGUGCCACCCGCAGCCUCCUCAUCAACCUGGCGGUGUGCGACCUCAUGGUGGUGUGCGUCUGCAUGCCCAUCACCGUGGGCAACCUCAUCUACAAAGCCUGGGUGUACGGGGACUUCCUCUGCCGGGCUGUGCCCUUCAUCCAGGCUGUUUCUGUCUCUGCCAGCGUCCUCAGCCUGACUGUCAUCAGCGUGAACCGGUACUACAGUGUGCACAACCCACUCAAUGCCCGCUCCUUCUUCACCCAGAAGAGGAUCCUCAGCGCCAUCCUGGUGGUGUGGUUGCUAUCCUCGGGAAUAUGCAUGCCCCUCAUCUUCAUGAACAGACGGGAUGAGAUUGGGGUAGUGGAGGGCUUGCCCCUGGUGUUCUCCAUCUGCAGGGAGAUUUGGCCUCAAGAGAGGCUCAAGCAAGCCUAUAACUUUCUGCUUUUCUGUGCCCUUUACUGCCUGCCUGUCCUGUUCAACAUGGUCAUCUGCUUCCUGACCGUACGCCGGCUGUGGAGCCGCAGCAGCCAGCUGAAGGAGAGCAGUGCCCUGAACCGCUCGCUGCCGGCCUCCAGGCUGAAGAUUCGCAAGAAGGUAGCCCAGAUGGUGGUGGCCCUGGUCCUGCUGUUCGCCAUCUCCUGGCUGCCCGUCUACCUGAUGGACAUCUGGAUCGAUUUCAACAUCCCCAAGUCUUUGCAGGAUGUGACUCCUUCUCCUUGGAUCCUGCAGCUCAGACCUUUCGCCCAGUGGCUUGGCCUCAACAAUUCCAGCCUCAACCCUAUAUGCUAUUGUUUUGUUGGGAACCUCUACAGGUCAGCCAAGGAAAUGAAGAGCAAAUACCACCAAAGAAUGAUCUCUCUCUUUAACUUCUCUCUGUCUGAAGGGACAACCCAUUCCUCUGUCCCAGAGCUGUUCUCUUACCAGAGCCCAAUGGAACCUGCAAGGAAAGGACGCUCUGCCACACCUAACACGGGCAGGAGGGCCCGGGGAGACUCUGGCACUAAGAGCAAGCGUGGAUACUUGAAGUCUUGUCAGCACCCGCCUCUGAACACUGUCUCCAGUGAGAACACUUCCUUAUGAUUCUGCUCAGGAAGUGCACUUUAUUUCCUCCUCUGCAUUUAAGGACUCUUAAAAGGUCUUUAUGAACCAGAUAAUGUAAUGAUGGAAAAAAAACUUUCUUCUAAGCACUCCCACCACCAGCUCAAAAAUUCGGACAGGGAAAGAAGAGAAGAACACGUGGAAAAUAUAACAUAUUUUAACUCAGAUCAAGUUUUAAGACAAAUGAUUUUCACCAGGGACAACCAGCUGCACAACCUGUUCCCCAACAGGCAGAGCAGCUCCUCAAUAUGGGGGGGCUCUCCUCUGCAGCUCCAUCUCCGAACAUAACAGCAGAGCCAUUGGGAUACAGCAGUAAUUUGACUGCUUGCUGCUGCUCAUCCUGUGCUGAUAGCAAGCAGCCAGGACAGGCACUCUGCUGCAAAGAUGUCAGUUGUCAUCACAAAUAGCGAAGAAAUGCUAGGAACAGUGUCAUAAAAAAUUAGUGGGGGAUUUCACACUCUUUAUCACUUGAGAUUUCAUUGCCUGACCAUAUUGUUUCACUACACCAUGCAAAUAAAUUCUC